UGUAUUUUGCCCUUCGGAAGUUCUUUGAGAGUUCAUCUGUUCAUCGGCCAUUUUGCCUAUUGCAACGGACAGUGCCGCAAGUACAUCGAUAAUCCGCCAGAAAGAUAAAAAUUGAAAUCGGGGCUUUUGAAUUACAGUUUAUCUUCUAUUUGAGCCGAUUUCUAAUUGAACUUUGGGGAAAUAAGCCUAAGUUACUGCCAGAAUUAUCUGAAAUGGGGAGCUAUGACGGCAACGCUAUUUCUGUGAGUAGAGAUUCUGCUGGUAUAGCUGAGAAGUCUGAGCUAGUGCCCAAAUCUAAUGAUACAGAAGAUGAACGUGCUGAACAGAUUUGUAGUGAUGAACCUGCUCAAUCAAAGGAAGAAGAACUGAGCAGGAAACAUAAAAGGGAACCAUGCGAGGAGGCUGAAGAGGUGUUGCCCAGGGCCUAUAUAAAUUACCUGAUAGAUGGCAGUGAAGGGAGCCGAUUAAAUUUAUCUGCAACUAGUUCAGAGAGGAAGAAAAGGUCAGGCGAUCUGUUGGAUGAUUUGAUGCAGAAAAGGCAGAAGCAUCAUAUAAUCUCAGAUGAUAUGUAUGCCAAUCUUAACAUGAGGAAAUUGAUAGCCGAUAGGAUUGUCAUUCAGAAACAGGAUAGAUCAGGAAGCUCUGGCAAAAGAAGCAGAGAUUCCUUUGAUUCUGAGGCAGGACUAGAAGGUCAAUCAGUUAGUGGCGAUGAUUCAGCUUCAAAGAGAAGGAAGGUUGGGCAUGCCGGUGUCAAUAUGCAGUUGAAGAUGCUUGGCCCUCUAAAACUUCCUGAUUAUGUUGAAGGCUUCAAAUAUGAUCAUAAGCUCUACCCAGAAAUCAUCAAGUUGAAUAAGCAGCUUAUGGAGAUAAACAAGAAGUUGAGGGCUAGAGAAACCAUUGACAACUGCCCGGAGAAUGAGCAAUCUCCAUCGCCACCACCAAUUUACAAUGAAAUAGGUGUCAGGGUGAACACAAGAGUGAAUAGGCUAUGGAAGAAACUGGGUCAUCGUAGGCAACAAAUAAUAUGCGAGCUGAAUCAGAAAAAUCCUCUUUUUCUACCUCCAUUAGAGGAGAGACCAGCAAAAUUCUCUAGGAAGCUCUACAUACCAGUAAAACAGUAUCCCAAUUACAAUUUCAUCGGCCUUAUCAUUGGGCCUCGUGGGCACACGCAGAAGAAAAUGGAGAGAGAAUCUGGUGCUAGGAUUCUCUUACGAGGCAAAGGAUCUACAAGACUAAAGAAAGUAAAGCAAUAUAAGGAUCGAAAAACUGAACCAUUUGAAGAUGAGGAUUUGCAUGUCUACAUAGAAGCAGCAGAUGAAAAGUCUUUGGAAAGUGCUUCCGCAAUGGUUGAAAAACUACUUGUUCCUGUGAAUGAAGAAAUGAAUGAACAUAAGCAUGCCCAGCUAAGGGAGCUUGCCGAGUUGAAUUCGGAAAUUUCAAGUGAAGCCCUGAAUUCUACAACCCAAAACAAUGUUGCUUAUUAUACCCGGGAUGAUGAAAAACCUGUGACCUCCUUGAAUCCCACAAACUUAGUCCCCGCCCCAGAAAUUGAGAACAAUUCUCAUCAACCAGCUCCUGUUUCCCUUAGAAACUGCAUGACUAACUCAGAAUCUGGGGCUUUAACAUUACAAGAUACCAAGCUUGAUUCAGCAGCUGGUGCUUUAAUAUUAUCACAUAAGACCAAGCCAGGGGAAGUUGUAGAUAAAGCUAAACUCUUUGUGGGAUUUCUUCCGUUAUCUGUUAAUACCGAGAAGUUAAUCGAGCUUUUUUUACCGUUUGGACGCCUAUGUGAAGCUGUUGUUAUCAUGGACCGAAGGACCGGUCUGAGCAAGGGUUAUGGGUUUGUCAAGUACAUUGAUCCUUUAUCUGCUGCUGAAGCUUUGGCUCAAAUGAAUGGCUUCAGGGUUGAUGGAAAGAUAAUUACUGUUCGAAUAGCCGGUCGGGCACCUUUGAAUGUGAACACCAUUAUAGGGCCUAGGGCAUUAAGGUAUGCUAAUCGGCCAAGUAGUCUGGUUUCAGCAGCCACAUUUCCCUCUUCCUUUUCUCAAGGAGUUAUUAAAGGCUGGAAUAAUUGGGCAGCUCUUCGACAAUCCAAUGGCUUUCCAUUGUGUUCUGAUUCAAUCUACAGAAGGCCUCAUGUUUUCACCGAGCCUUCUCUGAUUUUUGGUGGCCCUGCAUCAUCAAUAGAGUUUGUGCCAUUCCCUUGCUAUCAGAAUGUUGUGAAGUCUUUGGAUUAAGGUUUCGUCUGUGACAGCUUUCUCAUUGCUUUCGAAAACAAUUUUUAAGUACAAAAAAUUUUAAUUCGAUUCUUUUUUAACUAAAAUACUAUUUUAGAAAGCAUUAAGAAAGCCGUACCAAACGAACCCUAAGUGUCCACUUUAAUGGCUCCUCAGCCCAUUCCUUUGAAACCUAUUAGCACAAUAUUCUCAUCUACCACCUCCACUGAACUCUGGUGAUGUCACUAUAUUCUCUGUUGCCAUUGAAUCAGAAUACACAAAAGAUAUAUAGAGUAAUGAAUUGGAAUUUCUUCCUGAGUAGGAUGGCUCUGUCUCUUCUGUCUAUGAGCUCGAUAUUGACAUGGGGGGAACUUGUGCAGUGUGGUGCUCAGAAGAAAUUGCUUCAUAUGAGAAGGUUUUUGAUAUGAGAAAUUAAACAAUGCAUUUACUGUGUACCAUAGCAUAAAACCUGCCUAUGCAGAAAUUUGUAGGUAUUACUGUUGAACGAAAUUUCAGAGUUGUGAUACUUGUUUCA